AUGUCUAUUUAUAUCUGCAACUCUCGAGUGUUUCUUCAUAAAUUCAAUACUGGUAAAACGGUAUCUCUCAUUUAUCUGAGACUGCAUUUCCGAUUCAAGUUAGUCGAUCAAGCUUCAAAUGGCCGCUUUUGCUUCAAUCCCAGCAUGUCAUUGGCCAGCCCUGCUACAAUUUCAUUAGGCAAGGGAUACUUUUCAGCACAAAAGCUUCGCCACCACUUCGAGUUUCUAUUGCAGAGAGGUCCCGUUGUAUGUAAUGGAUUAAAGCUUAUUCCAAAUAUUCAAUUCUCAAAGCAGACAAACAAGUUUUCUACUCGAUCUAGCUGCUUCAAGACACCAGUUUCAUGCUCUCUUGCUGAUCCUGAGACAUUGACAACUGUCCAAAACACCAUCGCUAAGCAGUUGUCUAUCGAUGUGAGCUCAGUGACUCCUGAAACCAAGUUCGCUGAUCUGGGUGCCGAUUCCCUAGACACGGUGGAGAUAGUGAUGGCAUUGGAGGAACAAUUCGGAGUCUCGGUCGGAGAAGGCGGAGCUGAGAACAUAGCAACCGUCCAAGAUGCGGCGGACUUGAUCGAGAAAGUGAAGGCUGCAUAAUAGGCCACUUACAGGA